AUGCCACUCAAAUUCCCACUUCUACGGCUUCCUAACGAACUCAUUCUCAUAAUAAGCCAACACCUAAACGCCAACGACCUGAAUUCCCUUUUCAAAACGAACCAUCGUCUAGCAGAAAUACUGUCCCUUCAGCUCGAAAAUCUCCGGGACAAUCUCCUCAAUCUAAUAGCAAAACAGGAUGGCAAAACCGGACUCUGCUCCGCAGUAGAGCGCAAAAACGAAGCACUCGUCAGGCUCGUAUUGAAGAAAUUGGCCGUCGAUAUCAAUGAGACGAUUGAUAUCCGUGGCCGCACAACACUCCACUGGGCCGCAGGGAAUGGGCAUUCGGAGCUUGUAGAGCUGCUUCUUGAGCGGGGGGCCGAUAUCGCUGCUCAGACGAUCAAUGGAUCUACGCCGCUCCACAAGGCGGUUUCUGACGAUGGAAUUGUCAGAAUUCUCUUAAAUAGGGGAGCUGAUAUCGCUGCUCGGAGUGGGUGGGGGUCGACACCACUCAAUGCGGCGGCUCAGAGUGGGAACGAGCAGACAGUAAAACUGUUAUUGGAGUUUGGGUCAGAUGUGAAUACUGAGACUUUGGUUGGGGAAACACCGCUUCAUACGGCGGCGUUUCAUGGGUAUGAAUCGGUAGUAACAAUAUUGCUGGAAUAUGGCGCCGAUAUUCAUGCUAGGACGCGGGUGGGCUAUACACCGCUUCACCAGGCUAUCCGUGGACAUAACCCGCGCGAAUCUCUGGUGAAGACACUUCUUGAAAAGGGCGUUGACGUUAACGCCCAAGCGUACAACGAGGAGACCGCCCUCCACUUCGCAGCAGGUGGCAAGCACGCCGCAAUAGUCAAGGUACUCCUUGAUGCCGGUGCCAAUAUAACAGCUAUAGACUCACCCGGAAAUACUCCACUUCAUUGGGCAGCCAGGCAAGGUGACAUUGAGAUUCUGAGUGUGUUGCUGGAAAGGUCUAUCGACAUAAACACUCCCACGAUACCCCCGCGCAGAGUGGGACAAAAACCUCAAGAAGCAACAUACCAAACAGUACUUCACCUUACGGCUAUGAAAGCAGCUCCUUUCCAUGAUGAACAAUGGAUAACUUUCCUCCUUGACCGAGGCGCCGACAUCACCGCUGUAGACAGUUACGGAAUGACGGCACUCCAUUACGCGUCACAAACGGGGAACAAGAUUAUGGUCACCUUACUUCUAGAGAGGGGAGCGAGCGUUUUGGCCCGGUCCAAUGAUAAUCGUACGGCGCUCCAUGUCGCAGCAAUGGGAGGUCAUACCGAAAUCGCGAGACUGUUGCUGGAUUAUGAUGCGGACAUUGACGCUGUGGAAUCAAAGAAGAGGAGGACACCUCUGGCACUGGCCGUGAAGGGUGGUCACGAGGGGACAGUGAGGUUGUUGCUAGAGAGAGGUGCCGAUACGGGGCAUUGUGAUGUUCGGGGGGACACGGUGUUGGGUGAUGCGGCAACAUUGAAAUUUGAGAACAUUGUCAGGAUAUUGCUGGAAUGGCGCGAUGUCUCGCAAUACUGA